AUGGCCCAGGGCGAGAUCAAGAAGAAGGCAGCGCCAGCUGCUUCGAAAGCAAAGCCUAUGAAGGGCCAGAAAGUCAAGAAGCCGAAGUCAACCAAAGCCGACAAGCUGCAGAAGAAGUACACAUCAGGGAUGGUCAACAAAACCGAAGCUCUGCUGGGCGAGCGCGCCGGACAUUUGGAAUUGAUCGGGAAAGGCAAAAAGGCCAAGAAGGACGAAAAGCACAAAGGUGGCUCGAGGAAGUUUGGUUGA